AUGUGCGUUCUGCUAUUGAAUGGAAUGCAAAAGGAAGACUUGGACGUGAGCAUGUUGAACAAACUGCAUCGACACAAAGUAAACAUCGGCGAUAUGAACAAUGAAGAACUUCUCCGAGGAUGUACAACGAUACGAGCUCUUGAAAAUCAAAAUAACAGUUUUGAAGCAACUACCGUGACAAAUAAGGAAAACUUGAAUAGAGAAAAUAUAGAUAAUGUAACUAUGAAAAAUUAUGACGGUAGUACAGCGAAUAUUAAAAAGGAAAGUACUACGAGAGAUAUUAUUCAAUAUAACGACGGCCAACCCGAAAUGCAAAGUGUUUUAAAAUUUUGGCAAGAAAAAGUUGGUAUAAAAGUUAAUAUGUCGAAUAAUACGUCUCGAUUAGAGCACAAUAUAGAUGAAAGUCUUUUAAAAAAUGAACAGAAAAAUAAAAGAAAUGUUGAAAGCAAUACAAAUUACAAAGAAACGGAUACAAUACAAAAAAUAUUAGCAAAUUUAGUUGUGCAGCGCCAUGAAGAUAACAGUGUGCAAUCGACUACAGCUAGGGAAAGUAUCAAUGGAAGAAAACAAUACUACUACUUUCCACCAACAUUUUAUGAUAAUUACAGAUAUUCUGAGUAUAAUGAUCAUAAAAGCCCUUCUAGCUCUAAUAGAGUUAAGCAAAUAGAUCCAUAUGUAGGCAUGCGUCAGAUAAUGGAGGACAGUAUUGAUAUGUCCAAAGUUACAGCAGAAAGGAACAAAAGUAAUGUAAAUUUAAAUGACAUGCUCACUGUUUUUAAUACCUUCAAAAGUUAUUACCCAGUUAUGGCAAACAUUAAAAAUAAUAAAAUGAAAAAUCCCGUACAAGAUUUACAUUUAAGCACAGAAGCAAUUACCGAAAAGAUUUUUACUACAACAGCUAAAAUUACAGCUCCGAAAAUUCCUCAAAACAUGAUCAAAGAAAUAGCCAUUAGCGUAAAAGAUAUGAUACUAAGUGAAUUGCGAAAAGAAUUUAUAAUAAUAACGACUACAAUCCCAACUACUGUAGCUACUACAUCCACCGAAAAGGAAACAGAAUAUAUCACUACAACUUCAAAGACUAAUCACAACAUAGCAGAAACUAUUUUAAAAAAAAUUACGGAUUUAUUUAAAGAGAUUAAAUCAUUAAAAAAGAAUACUCUAAUAUUAUCAGAUGACAAUAAUCCCGAAAAUAAGCCGGCAAAGGGAAAAAUAGAAACGCAAUGGCCACCAAGUUUAAACAAUAUGGGACUAUCGGAACAAAUAUUCAAUAAUUUUGGAUUCAACCAGUAUACAAAUCAAAAACCACCACCAAUGUUUAAAUUUUCUCCACAAGUACAUAAAUACAGAUCAUACGGCGACCCAAAGCCUGUACAUCGAGUUGUUAAGCCAGCACAUCUAAUAACUGUACAAACCAACAAUAUGGAAAUUCCUCCCUUAGGCAUCCCCAUUGAUGUUCCCGAGAAUCCCAUAAAUCAAAAUAUCAUUGUUACUACGACGUCAUAUAGGAUUGGUCCAAGCAGAAUCGAAAGCAAUUUAAAAUUUGAAUCAAGUUUAGGCAUUGAAGACUAUAUACUGAAGCAAAAACCUUUAACAAAUCCCUUUAUAGAUACACCAGAAUAUUAUUCAAAUUUUCAACCAGACUACCCAAAUGGUGGUCAAUUACCAUUAAAUAAAAACAGCCGCACCAAUUACAAUGCAAAUUAUAAGAUAAAAACUCCUGUCAAUUUUAAAAAGCCAAAUAAUUUUCACAGAGCAAAAACACUUAUACCGUUUCAUGAAAAAUUAGAAAAUGACAAUAGCUAUAUAGACAUGUCUGGACCUAGACAGCAUACGGGCAGAAUAGAUUGUUGUAAUGAAAGAUACUCCUAUUCCAAGCAGAUGAUUGAAUGUUGUAAUAAAAAAAUAGCUUCUCGACAACAAAUGUCGCUUAGCAAUGUGAAAAAGCAAGCGCCAGACGACACACACUUUAAUAACUUCCUUAAAUCCCAACAAAAGGUCACAGACAUGUUAGAAAGAAUACUAGCCACAAAAAAUAGAGUACAAGGUGUUGAAAUUGCU